GAGGCUGAGGCAAGGCUGCGCUCCCCCAGCCUUCCUGAAACACCUUGGGACGAGGGGCAGGAGCUGCUUCCUCUGCCUGGGGCUCAUCUGGGCCCCUUCCUGGUGCUUUCGGGCUGGUCCCCUGCUGCAUAUGGGGAUGUCCUGAAGCCCCUUCCAGCUUUGCUGCUGUGUGUUAACUCUGUGAUGCCAAAGCCCCUAUGGAGCAGGCAGGGCCCCACAGUCAGAAAAUGUCUGUGUCUGACUUCUCAUGCCCCAAUGCUGUUGUUGUUGCUUCUAUGCCACCUCCAUCUUACCACUGAAAUGAAGCAAGACUCUGUUAGGAGCGCUGCCUAUGCUGUGGACUGUGAGGAUUACGUGCACGUGGUGGAGUUCAGUCCGUUUGAUAGUGGAGAGGCAUGUUCCCUAAUUGCAUAUGGUGGCAACAAUUAUGUCGUUGUUGGGACUUGCAGGUUUCAAGAGGAGGCUGCAGAAGUGGAAGGAAUACAAUAUAAGAUGCUAAGAACAUUUCAUCAUGGGAUCAGAGUUGAUGCCAUAGCAUGGAGUCCAGAAACCAGACUCAAUUCUUUACCUCCCCAGAUAAGGUUUUGUACUGCAGCUGCUGAUGGGAAGUUAAGGCUGUUCACUUCAGACCUCCAGGAGAAGAAUGAAUAUAAGAUUUUUGAUGGCCACUCAGAUUACAUUAAUGACUUGGUAUUUGCACCUAAAGAAGGUCAGGUGAUUGCAAGUGUAGGAGAUGAUCACACCUGCAGGGUUUGGGAUCUGGAAGGAAAUCAAAAGGCUUAUUUUGUUCUUCGUUCCCCUGGAGUGAGUGUGUGCUGGCAUCCUGAGGAGGCUUUUAAGUUGAUGGUGGCAGAGAAGAAUGGAACGAUACGAUUCUACGAUCUCACUACACAGCAAGCCAUUCUGUCUCUUGAGUCUGGACAAAUGCCGCUGAUGUCAGCAGACUGGUGUUUAAAAAACACCUUUAGAAUUGGAGCAGUAGCUGGGAAUGAUUGGCUAAUCUGGGAUAUCAGGUCCAGGUAUCCACAAGAUAAAAGACCUGUCCACGCGGAUCGAGCCAAAUUAUUCAGGUGGUCCCGAGUGAAUGAAAAUUUGUUUGCUACUACUGGCUAUCCAGGAAAGAUGUCUAGUCAACUUCUAGUUCAUCAUUCAGGACAUCCUCAGCCCAUUCUCAUUGGCUCAGCAGCUGUAGGAUCUGGUCUGACCUGGCACAGAACUCUUCCAUUAUGCGCAGUUGGAGGAGAUCAUAAGAUUUUCUUUUGGAUAACAGAAAUGUAAAUAAAAAUCUAUUGUGAUUGUUAAACUUUCCAAAUACUGUCUUUCUGUAGUAAAAUACAAAGAAAUCUAGUCACUCACGUAUAUUUGUUGAGAAACUGUAAAAACAAAGUAACCAAAAUAUGCAGACAAAACAAUUUAAAUCCCUUUGCUUUUGUAUAGAUUACAUAUAACAAGUUUUUGUAAAGCAUAGCUCAGGGACCAGAUUCUCUUCUACCUAUUGGAUGUCUUAGUGGACUUAGAUGCUGUGGUACAAUUUUGUUCUACCCCGAAAAAUCUGUUAAUGCAGCUAACAUUUGUAACACAGUGGGCGCGUCUAAAUGAGAUUCUUACUAGGCAUUAGCCUAAUAACACUGCAUAGUAGUGCGUUACAGCAAAAAACGUACUAAUAGUGUACUGCGCAAGGUUAUUAGACUAAUGCGCAGUAAGCAUUGCUAAACCAUGUGCCAGUGCUACUGUGCAUUAAUUCUAGGUACUGCGUAUUUAGUUAAUAUUUUAUUAAGGAAGUACUAAACUAAAUGCACAGUAUCUAAAGCGCAUUAAUGAACAUGUAGACAUGCCCACAGUCAUACUCUUAAGCUUGAGUCACAAAAUAGCAACGAGGAGGAAGACCAACCCACCUUUUGCAUUAACUGUUUUUUGGAGACUGAAGGAGAAUGUAACAUAAACACACUUAGGCACCUAAAUUCACUCAUGCACCUGAUGGGUGGUAUAGAAUUGGCCCCAUGUCUUCAGUAUUGGUAUGUUUUUUCCUUUGAAAUCAAAUGUGUGUAUUUUUCACAAUACAUUUGUUGAGAUGUAAGAGGUUUUUUAUACAGUCUCCAUGAGACCAUGUUCAAGUGACAGUUUUGUCUAAAUAUGGGGCUUAUUGCUAGAUUAAUCUAUGCCUUAUGAAGAUCUGAGCUGUAUUAGCAGAUGUUUCUGAUGCUGUCAAUGCAGCCUCUGCAACCAACCAACCGCUUCUGUCCACUGGUAACAGCAAGCUUCCAUGGACAUCGCCUUACUAAAAAGGAGAAUGUUUGUUUUUUAUCUACUGUCAGAAAAUGUUAUUCUUAAGCUAUCAGUUUGCUAUAGUGAGCACAUUUGCUGAAUGUACCUGUUACUGAUAAUACUGAACUGGUUUAUUAUAUUAAUAAUCUGAGUAAUCAUGUUUAACUUUUGCCAUAUCUGGAAGCUACUACCUAUGAGAAAUCAGGAAAAUUGACUUAUUUUCACAAUAUUAAGGGGGUGGAGAAGGAAAUAAUUUUUUAGCAUUUGACUCUAUAUUAGUAACUAGUAGACCCAUCUGAUUUGGAUUUUAAAUUAUUUUAAACUAAUCUUUUUAUGUUGUCAUGAACUUCACAUGAAGUAUAACAAAUAGCCUGAGAAAUAUCCUUUUGAUAUACAGUUGUCUUUACCCAGCCUACAAGAAGGGGAGGGGCAUGACGUGUCUGCUUUCUAGAAGUAUGCUUUUCUUGACCCUCUAACCCAGUGGUUCUCAACCUACGGGCCACAAAGACAUUUGACAGUGUAGAAAUGAGAGGUAUUACAGAAUAUUGAUUUGUACUGCAUUACUGUCAGAUAACAGAUACAAAACAACAUUUUUAAAUGGAUACUCAGGAAGUAAGUUGUGUGGGUGCAGCCCACACAACACAUUGAGAGCUGCAAGUGUGGCCCACUGUGGCAAAUAGGUUGAGAACCACUGCUCUAACCCAGUGUCCAGAAAUGAAGAAAAAGCCAGAGGGGGAAGUUGAGCAGUAGAGACAGGCUUUCUGUCCCCUUAGAUAGCUCCAGUAGUGCAAACUGGCUUUCAAGCUUUCAGACAUUGAGUGGUUCACUCCACAAUAAGGUAGGUAAAUUUGCUAUAGCAGCUCCUGUGUUAUUGUUCAUCCUUACUAGCAACAUAUAGGGUGUUGACAAAGAUAAGGGGACUUAACCGCAGCUCAGAGAGGGUUAUUUUCUUCUCUGACCAUUAUGGCAGUUGGUGAUUGCUGAAGUUAUAGUCAGGACCAUAAUUUAGAGCAACCUUAAGUUUGCCUGGUACACAAUUAUGUACCAGGCAAACUGGUACACAACCAUGCCAGUAUCAAGACAGCAAAAAGCUAGCUAAAAGGCAUCUUUUAAAAAUUCAUUAUUCCUUCCCAAUCUUUAUUUCUUUCUUGAGAGGUUAAUGUUUUAAUCUCCCACCAGAAUUUACAAGAAACAUGACCAUGAAAUUUGUCAAAAAAUAAUUUAUUAUUCCCACCACUGUCUGAAAUUUGUUUUUCUCCAAAUCAGACGGUGUCAUUUUCUGUAAGAACUGGAGUUUUGUUAAUCUUGUUCAGAAAGGUUUAGCAGUUUUUUAUUUUGAGUGAUCAUCGUGUGAUUCUCCCCUAUUCAAAGGCAUCCAAAAUGUAGAGAGCUGUUUGGGGGCUUUGGGGUUUUUUUUGUCUCUUUAAUUCUGCUUUAUAUAUAUCUUUUCCUUUAUUAAGUCCUGCUCCAUUCAUAUUCUUAUACCACAUCUGUCUUCAUUGUAUUUGGGUAUCUACAUUCUAUGUACAGCAUACUUCCUACAUUGUAUUGAUAGUUGCUGAGCCUUGAAUACUUGUCUCAGCUGUUUUCUCAUUUCAAUAGCAACUAAUGCAAUGGACAUCCUUAGGGCUUUUCUGGUCUUAUGGGUUGUAGCUUUAAAAAAAAAAAAGAAUCAUAACCUCUCUUCUACUUGAUGUCAAUGGUUGGGCAAACAAGAAUGAGUUUUACAGUACGCAGUUUUCUCAUGUAACAAGCUAUUAUGAGCAAAUUUUAAAACACUAUAGCUUACAAUGCACUGUUUCAAGAAUUGUUUCAUUUUUUAUAUUUAUCAGUAAAAGAAGAGCCUUUCUUACAAAUUCUAUUGAUAUAGCUGCAGACCAGUCAGUCAUUUUAAACUGUAUGAAUUUUCACAUGUGCUUUCAAUUAAGUUUAAAUUGCCCUCUUUUAAACAGGGAAGUCAUAUGUCCGUGUGUCAUCACCAUUUUGUAAUGCAGUAAAAUUCUGAUUAUUUCUUCGUUGACUCAUUGCCAUAAAAAGAAAACAGCUACAAAAACUUAACUAUUAUGUUUCUAACUUAGAUUGGGAACUGUCACUUACACAACUCUUUAACUUUCCUUACCCCCAAGAAUAGCUUGGUAGACUUGCUUCUGCCGAAGGUUAACUGACUAUCCUCUAAUGAAGUCUUCAGGCUUUUUGUAGUUUCAGGAACAGAAUCAGACCUGUCAAUCCCAAGCAAAAAAUAGAUUCCUUCUAAUGUGGAUGGACACACAUCAGCAGAUGGAAUGCUUUUACUAGUGGUGCAUGUGUAGAGGGACAUCUGGCACACAGCAUUUUUUUUUGCCUUGAGAAACAGCAUGUUUGCAACUCUAGCAAGUUUCUCUGUUUCUGACAUGGCAACAAAUCAGAAAUCUGUUCCAAAUGUGCAUUUCUUGUCAUUGAGCCUGUGGAUGAUGGGAGCAAGGAAACUGGAUAGCUUUUGGACCUACUACAGCCACUAGGAUUUAUAAUUAAAAGCGCCCGCAUGCCACGUGUAUCAGCGGCACAGUGCGCCUCCACGCUCAGCAAAUGGUGGAGGUGUGCUUUGAACUAAAGCCCAUCGAAUGGGUUUUAGCUCAAAGCGCACUGCUGCCAUUUUCUCAAGGCAGAAGAAUGCUGCGCUGCUGAUGAACAUGACACGCAAGGCUGCCAGAGUGCAUCAAUUUACAUACUCUGACAUACUGGAUUUCUAGUGUGUCAGAGCAGGCUCUCCAUGUGUGUGUAAGUGCCCUAAAAGUCUAAACUAGUGCAUUGGUGGUGAUGGUUACAAAGACUGGUCUUUGCUGAUAUAUGCACUCAUGCUUGCCAGGUCUAUAAUCUGGACUCUGUCCUCUAACAAUAAGCUGUGUCCUUAGCAAACAUGGAUUGCUAGUUGCUUGGUUAAAUUUUUGUUAGUCCUUAGCAACCAUCUCUGAUGUGGAGGUGGAAGGGCUGAGAAGUGUCAUGGCUUUUAAUCUCAGCAAAAACUAAAUUCAAUCCCCUGCAUGUAAUAUCCUCCAGGACAAUAACCGUGUUGCUCAUAACCCAAGAAGUCCUCCAUUAUGCAGUAUUUCCCCUGUACCAUACUUACUCAAAUCCAAGAUAGGGUUUGUCGUUUUUUUUAUCUCCAUUCAACAAAGAGGAAAAAGCCCCUGUUCUUGGAUUUUAGUACAGGGUGGGGAGAAACAGGCAAAUGCUCUGACUCUGGCUCUGACCCCAACUCAGAUCUGUAGCCUCUGCUUACCCCCUUCCUCCUUUCCCCCUCACCCCUCCUCCACCUGGGGUAAGGGCUGGAGCUGCCACUGCUGCAACUGCUACUCUGUGGUCAGGUGGGGGCGUGCCCUGAGACAGACAGAGCCCUGAUUGAGACUAAUCAGCCAGCACAUACAAGCACAUGGGGGCAGGCAGCGGUAGGUGAAAGUGGUGGAGGGCAAGCAGUAAGGGGCAGGGGUCAGGCCACCUGCCCCCUGCCACUGCUUGCCUCCUUGCUGUCACUUUCCCCAUUGCAGUGGGGGGAAGGGUGACACGAAUGUAAGAUCUCUCCUAUAAUUAGGUUCUAUUCAUAGAAAACUAUAAAGAAAUUUAAAAUUUUCCAUAUAUAGAAUCUAAUUAUGGGGUGGGGGUCAUCUUAAAUUUGAAGUUGGGUAAAUAUGGUAAUACUAGAGAUGGUAAAUGCUUACUGCCAAGCUCUGGGUCCUUCUUCCUCUACUGGUUGUCCAUAGCCCACCCUACACCAAUCAAAAGAAUAUAUCCCCAGACUGUCACCUAGCCCAUCCACCCAGGGGACCUGAAUUAGGCUUGCUGCACUGUAUUCUGUUCCUGAAUACCAGGCUCUCUGAUGCUUCCUCCGUCCCCUUGGCCUCUGCUUUGCAAAGCAUGCCUCCUUGUUCAUGAUACGGUUACACAGGAGUUUGGGUUCUGUCUUGGGCAAAAAUAACAAACACCCAAUAAAAGUCUUCAGAGUGGGAGCAGGUAGACAAAGAAUUGCCAAACUUGUCCUUCCCAUUUGAUUGACAGUGAAUGGAUUCGAGUCACUUAAUUUGUGUUGAAAGGCAGGCUGCCUCAUCCCCAUCUCUAUCAGGCUCUUUGAACUGUUUUCCACAUAAAUGCAUUUUUCUCGUGCUUAUUCCAAAAUCAGAGGCCCUGCAGUCCUCAUAGCAAAGGUUAACCAGAACCUCUACAUGCUCCUCCUAACAGCAGUGGGGAGGGAGCACCUUCUGUUUAGGUCAGCUGGACUAAAUUGUACCAACAAUGGAAUAGGUCCUGGACAACAGUGACCAGAUGGAUGUAAGUCAUAAAUUAGCUUCUUAAUAGCAUAACAAAGCAGGGGUGACUGGGGACUUAGAAGGGAGGGGUGUAAAAAUAGCAGCAGCUGAACUGUCCCAUGUGGCACUGCUGCCCAGGGUGCUCAGGUGUCCAGUUGCAUCUUUGUAGCUUCCAGUGUAUUGGAGGAUAGUGGGAGGUUAGCAAGUAGAAGGGCUAGUACAUACAAGUCCUGGGCACUGUGGAAGAGAACUGAAAGGCUAUCCAACUGUGAAUUCAGUGGCACAUACUUAAGCUGCAGAAUAGGCAAAUUAGAGCACAUUUCAAGAUGCAGCAUUUGCUUCGCUCCUGACUACUGCAGACCACAAUGGCACAGGUUCUCUCUGCCCUCAGUCAUCUAGUUAAAGAGUUGUAUGGGGAUGGGGUGGGCUGAUGGAUGAGAACAUGUUCUGCAGCAUAUCCAGAUUACUUACCUAUGCAUCCUAAUUAUUCCUAUAGCAAUGGGCACUAUAAAAGUGCUGUCCUUGAAACAAUGCCACGACGAAUCCUAUUUUUAUUAUUUUACUUGUAUAUUACAAGAACAUUUAUAUCACCCCCGUAGUUCUGGGUGGCAAUAUCUAACACCAGUCCACGCACACAGUCCAAUUUGCUUUGAUUGUUGGUACAGUCUGAAGUCUUGGGUUGCUCAAAAGGCUGCUCAGAUUCUAUACUGCUGGGAAAGAAAUUAUAUCGUACUUUGUAAAUUUACCUAUAUAAAUUGGAAGCCAGAAUUUUCCCCCCUCAAUUUUCCCUUGUUUUUUCUGGAUUAUCCCAGAAUCUGGAAGGGUAUUGCCCAGUUCAAGGCUUUUAGUACAUUUUUUUUCUCUCUAUGAAAUACAUACUUAGAAAAUAAUCUAAAAUGAGUAGCCAGUAUGUGUUCAGUAUAUUUCUUGUGAGCUGCUUUGCAGAACAAAAUCAUUUGUGUUUCUUAAUCAAACUUCAGACUGUUACACACUUACUAAUUUAAUUUGCAUUUGCAUGGACAUAAGUCAGAUUAAAAUACUAGAGUAUUUCAAUAAACUUGCAGUAAUAAAAAGCAUCAAUUCAUCAGCUGGUUCAAAGAAGUCUUGAACAAACUGUCUGCAUCCAAGAUACAAGGAGAUGGGAGGAGCUUUUGAUGUUUUCUUAGUCUAAUCUGUCAAAUGUCAAUAUAUAACAGGCAUUUUCAAAUGAUUCCAAAUGAGCUAACAUUUAUAUCUACAUGUCUUUAAGUUAAGAGGAAAGAAAGGUGACAGAUGAAAGUUUGCUUUUGUAAACCUAUUUAACUGUGAAGGGCUGAUAUCCCACAAAUCUUUUUAUUUGCUAACCUGGUACACAUUAUCACAUAGCUAAGUCAUUGUGAUAUGGGAUAUCAGUUUUGGUUUUUGUUGUUUUUUUCAUUUGCUUCAAUCUAUGAAAAAUACUCAUUGAGGGGUAUAACCAUCCAUUUCUUACAUGUAUUUUUGCCAGUUUCCUUCGUAAGCGUAGACUUAGAGGACUUCAUUGGAAAUCAAACUGUUUAUUUCUGACCUUCUCAGCUGUUCAUUGGACCACCUUAAUAAAAACAAUGGUUGCCUCUAUGGAGGAUCAGGUGAAACCAUGGCUGGAAAUGUCCUUGGAUCAGCUCUUUAUUUCUGUUUAGCUUACUUCUUGGUUGUACAGAUAUUUGACUUCUAUGCUGAUCGUUAACAGAGUACCGUACCUUGGGAACUGUAACAUUUAUAUAAGCUUAUAAAAUACAUAUGAACAAUUGUAAAUUACAGUUGUCUUUGCCAGUUUCUUCAGCUUGUGCAAACAGUUUCAUUCUGCUUUUGGCUAGAAGCUCAAUUUUUGUGCAAUAUAAAAAUCUGUCAAAUUAGUUUCCAGUGCUAUUGUCAAUACAUGCAGUUGCCACUUCUCUUUAUGGUAUGUUAAUCACAAGACCUGCCGAUGGUAUUUUUAUUUUUACUGAUGGUAAAGACAAAGCUUUGAUCCCCUUUCUGAAGAUACUGCUUUAGUGUUUCUUGUUGGCUUAAGUCCACCUAAAGUUAGCUUCUUGCCAACACUAAAGUUCAACUUAAAAAUCAUUUUUGAAAAACAGCCACCCUGAAACUAAGCUGAACUUCAUUGCAGUGCAAAAUAAUUCCUAUGUGUAUGUGUGUGUGUGUGACUGACCAUAGUCUGCCUUCAGUUACAUCCUAUGCAAUGUUAUUCACUUAAAUUUGAUGUGUAGAUUUCUAUACAAGCUUAUCAUCCAAUAAGAGUGAAGGUAAAAAAAAACAAGCAAAACAUUUAGUCUGUAUACAUAGUUGUUAUCCCAUAAUCGUGUAUAAAUCCUCCCACUAGAGUUAAUUCAUUCUUUACUUAUUAAAAAGGAAAUAAUAUUUUCAGUUUGACCUAGGAAUGGAUAAAAUAAAAUUCAGGAAAAAAAUCUCAGUUCAGAUAAAAUAAAAACACCUUUUAAAAGCUUUUGAAAGUUUGGAUAAUUUCCCCCUACUCCAUUGUUUGUAUAUUUUCCUUUCAUACCUCUCUGCGCUUCCUGGUUCCAGCUGGGAACAAAAGUGCUGUGAUACAAAUUUCUGAGCAGUUAUUUUGGUUUAAUCAAAAUGAGAAAGUACCAGAAAUCUGACAAGAAAGCCAGUUCUUACAAGAUUUUCUGUCCUGUUUUACAAACCAAAGGCGUUCAGAUAAGGUUUGACCAACACCCAAAAUAUCUUGGAAUGCUGGAAACUGAACCAGUAUUAGUCUCUUCAGCAUUGCCUGGAAACCUUUAGAUAAUGGACAUUCUUGUUAAAAGAGAGCCAGUCUUCAUUCAGGUAGUAAGGUAAUUAAAAUGGGCAAGAAUGUUAUACAUAAAUUUUCCUACAUAAACAAGUCCUUGGAGUUUCUGAAGGGAAGGGGUUGAAUCAAAGAAGACAAGUUGUGAUUCUGUCACGUUGUAAUCUUUUUAAUUUUAAAAGAUUUGUAACACAAGCUACUGAUCCGGUUUCCUUAACAUUGAGCUUGUUUUGUAAAUCUUAUUGAAAUGUAUCAGUUAAAUUAGACUGAAGAUUAUAUUUUGUUAUUGAAUGUAAUUUUGUG